UUUGCUCUUGCGAUUGGAUGACCCGCCACCUGAACCCAGACGUCCUCGUGAAUUAUUCACGAGCCGCCCCCACCUCCAGCCAGGCUGGCGGAAGAGCGCAGCUCGGGCGGUCUGACUGAUGUUCUUCCGCACAAUCGGCGUGCCGACAUUCCCGAGUGGUCCUGAACGCAGCGCCAGCAGCAGCAGCAGCAGCAGGCUGAAGAUGGCGGAUUGCAUACGUGUUCGUCACCUCCUGCUUUUCUUGUGCGUCUCGUCGCUUUUCCGUCUGUAUCGAGCGGACGGCAACGGCCCGGCCAAAGCGUGGCCCGUCGCCGCCAACUUCCAGAACCUGCCCGGCGCGGUCAACGCGGUAGCUGCCGUUGAGAAGAACCCGGGUGGCGGCGGCGGUGGUGGCGGCGGCGGCGGCGGCGGUGGCGGGGCCUCGGCGUCUCGGAAGCGCUCCGCCGCCUGGAAGUUGUCCGAGGAGGCGGUGUGUAGGGACGACCUGACGCGCCUGUGCUCCAAGGAGACGUGGAGCAACAACCUGGCGGUGCUCGAGUGUCUCCAGGACAAGAAGGAGGAGACGGACAUCGCGGCCGAAUGCAGCCAUCUGCUGUGGAACUACAAGCUCAACCUGACCACCGACCCCAAGUUCGAGUCGGUGGCCGUGGAGGUGUGCCGGUCCACCAUCUCCGAGAUUAAAGAGUGUGCCGCGGAGGAGCUGGGCAAAGGGUACUUGGUAUCGUGCCUUGUGGACCACCGCGGCAACAUCAGCGACUACCAGUGCAAGCAGUACAUCACCAAGAUGACGGGAAUCGUCUUUAGCGACUACCGGCUCAUCUGCGGCUUUACGGACAAGUGCCGCGACGACAUCAACACGCUCCACUGCGGCAGCAUCAGCUCGGGGGACAAGGACGUCCACUCGCAGGGCGAGGUGAUCGCGUGUCUGGAGAAGGGCCUGGUGCGCGAGGUGGAAGAGCGCCCCGGCGCGCACGCCAUCAAGGACGAGUGCAAGAAGUCCAUCAUGCGGGUGGCCGAGCUCUCCUCGGACGACUUCCACCUGGACCGGUAUCUCUACUUUGCCUGCCGGGACGACCGCGAGCGCUUCUGCGACAACACGCUGGCUGGGGAAGGUCGCGUCUACAAGUGUCUCUUCAACCACAAGUUUGAGGAGGCCAUGACGGAGCGGUGUCGCGAGGCGCUGACCACCAGGCAGAAACUGAUCGCCCAGGACUACAAAGUCAGCUACUCGCUGGCCAAAGCCUGCAAGUCGGACCUGCGCAAGUACCGCUGCAGCGCCGACAGCGGCGUGCCCCGCGCCCGCGAGGCUCGCCUCUCCUACCUGCUGCUCUGCCUGGAGUCGGCCGUGCAUCGAGGUCGCGCGGUGAGCGGCGAGUGCCAGGGCGAGAUGAUGGACUACCGCCGCAUGCUGAUGGAGGAUUUCUCCCUGAGCCCCGAGAUCGUGCUGCACUGCCGCGCCGAGAUCGAGGGCCACUGCUCGGGUCUCCACCGCAAAGGCCGCACGCUGCACUGCCUCAUGCGGGUCGGCCGCGGCGACGCGGGCGCCGUCGACCCCAACUGUCAGCGCGCGCUGCAGACGCUGAUCCAGGAGGCCGACCCCGGCGCCGACUACCGCAUCGACCGCGCGCUCAACGAGGCCUGCGAGUCGGUCAUCCAGACGGCCUGCAAGCACAUCCGCAACGGCGACCCCAUGAUCCUGUCGUGUCUGAUGGAGCACCUGUACACGGACAAGAUGGUGGAGGACUGCGAGCGUCGGCUGCUGGAGCUGCAGUACUUCAUCGCGCGAGACUGGAAGUUGGACCCCAUCCUGUACAGGAAGUGCCAGGGCGACGCCGUGCGCCUGUGCCACACGCACGGCUGGAACGAGACCAGCGAGAUGAUGCCGCCCGGCGCCAUCUUCUCCUGCUUGUAUCGCCACGCCUACCGAUCGGUGGAUCAGGGACGCAGGCUGUCGCGCGACUGCAAGGUGGAGGUGCAGAGGAUCCUCCACCAGAGGGCGCUGGAUGUGAAGCUGGACCCCGAGCUGCAACGGCGCUGCAUGACCGACCUGGGCAAAUGGUGCAGCGAGAAGACCGAGUCGGCGGGACAGGAGCUGGAGUGCCUCCAGGACCACCUGGAGGACCUGGUCCCGGACUGCCGCAACGUGGUGGGAAACUUGACCGAGCUGGAGUCCGAGGACAUCCAGAUCGAGGCGCUGCUGAUGCGAGCCUGCGAACCCGUCAUCCAGGCCCACUGUCACGAGGUGGCCGACAACCAGAUCGACUCCGGGGACCUGAUGGAGUGUCUGGCGCGCAACAAACACCAGAAGGAGAUGAAUGACAAGUGCUCGGUGGGAGUCACACACUUCCAGCUGAUCCAGGUCAAAGACUUCCGCUUUUCCUACAAAUUCAAGACGGCCUGCAAGGAGGAUGUCCUCAAACUUUGCCCCAACAUCAAGAAGAAGGUGGACGUGGUGAUGUGUCUGAGCACCACGGUGAGGAACGACACCCUGCAGGACGCCAAGGAGCAGCGCGUGUCCGUCAAGUGUCGCAAGCAGCUACGCGUGGAGGAGGUGGAGAUGUCUGAAGACAUCCGGCUGGAACCGGAACUGUACGAGUCGUGCAAGCAGGACAUCGGGCGCCUGUGCCAGAACGUGGCCUUUGGGAACGCACAGGUGAUCGAGUGUCUGAAGGAGAGCAAACGUCAGCUGACGCCGCGCUGUCGCCAGAAGAUCUUCAAGCUCCAGGAAGUGGAGAUGGUGGAUCCAGAACUGGACUAUCAGCUCAUGAGGGUCUGCAAGCACAUGAUCAGGCGGUUUUGCACCGAGUCCGAAGGCAAGGGCGUCCUUCAGUGCCUGAAGCAGAACAAGAACAGCGAGCUGAUGGAUCCCAAGUGCAAGCAGAUGAUCACCAAGCGGCAGAUCACGCAAAACACGGACUUCCGCCUCAACCCGAUCCUGAGGAAGGCGUGCAAAGCCGACAUUCCCAAGUUCUGCCAGGGCAUCUUGAACUCGGCCACGGCCGACGGCGAGCUGGAGGGCCAAGUCAUCGCCUGCCUCAAGCUCAAGUACGCCGACCAGCGCCUGUCCACCGACUGCGAGGACCAGGUCCGCAUCAUCCUGCAGGAAUCGGCGCUGGAUUACCGACUGGACCCUCAGCUGCAGCUCCAUUGCACUCAGGAGAUUUCGCGCCUAUGCUCCGAGGAGGCGGCGGCGCAGGAGCAGGCGGGUCAAGUGGAGGAAUGUCUGAAGGUCAACCUGCUGAAGAUCAAACAGGACGCUUGCAAGAAGGAGGUGCUGAACAUGCUGAAGGAGAGCAAGGCGGACAUCUUUGUGGACCCUGUUCUGCACACGGCCUGCGCGCUCGACAUCAAGCACCACUGCGCCGCCAUCCCGCCCGGCAAAGGCCGCCAGAUGUCGUGCCUGAUGGAUGCGCUGCAGGACAAACGCGUGCGUCUCCAGCCCGAGUGCAAGAAAAGACUUCAGGACCGCAUCGACAUGUGGAGCUACGCCGCCAAGGUGGCGCCGGCGGAGGGUUUCUCGGACCUGGCGACGCAGGUGCUGACGUCCCCGUCCAAGAACUACAUCCUGACGGUGAUGGGCGGCGGCGUGGCGCUGCUCUUCCUGAUGGGCCUGCUGUGCGGGAGAUUCACCAAACGCGUCACCCAGGAGCUGAAGGACAGGUAGACCCCGCCCGUGGCGGGCUCUGGACACGCCCACAGCAGGAACCCCGCCCCCUCCCCUCCCGGAACGCUCAAAGUGGAUGCCGACCACUCUCUUUGACUUGCCUCGCUCACUGCCGAAGGCCCCGCA